UAGCGGUAGCGCCCUGGUCCUUUGGCGAGUCUCACGUAGCGUUCCGGGUAGUGGUGGUUCCAAGUUACCAAGUAUCAGAUGUUAGAUAACUCGUUUGAACAAUAGCGUCCAAAGAUAGUUGAAUACAGCGACUGCCAACUGCCAUUCUCGGGUACCGUACCAUCGUCACACUAGCCAACUGCCUUUUAAAAUUAACUGCGACGUGAUGAAUAAAGCAUGCGAUCGAGGCACAAUUGGUACCCAAAUGUGGCUGCCGAGACCCUGAGCGCGGAUGACUCAGCCUGGAAAUAUCGCGUGCAAAAACGAAAACAACUUCUCGUCUCAGCCUCAACUAGCCGCUAUGAUGUCGAGUGAUUCUGAUGAAAAAUACGCCAGCGGUUUGGGCGGAGGAACGCUAACAACAUGUACUGCGCUUACUAGCCAGGGAGAGGAAGGUAGCCAAGGUGCGGCUCCCUCUAGCAGUUAUCACGGAUUGCCAGUGUCUGGUGAGGAGUCUUGCAAUCGGAAUCUGUUACUCUCGAAGUUCUGGUGCGCGGAAGACCGCAACUCCCCGUCGACGGUUAUCUAUGAGAAUAUUUGCGAAGGAUGUCGUUAUGGAAUCUUCGAUUCUGAGGGACGAUAUUGUAACUUCUGCCGAUUCAUUCUAAGCGGUCAGAUUGGCGGCGACCAAGUUGAGAACAUUUAUGAGAAUAUUUGCGGACAAUGCGGCAGAAUAUACAAUUCUGAAACUGUCCAGUGUGAACAAUGCUCGGUGCGGCCUAAUUUGCAUUCACAUUUCCAUUCAGAAGUGCCGAAGAAAUCAAGCGAUAUCACUGUUGAGAGUCGCUCGAACCCCAAGUCGGGGGCGGGGAGCGCAGUGCUUCGCGAUCUUCUUGGAACAUUCAGAAAGGUGCGUUCGCGUAAUAGCAAACCUGGUCGUGACGCAAACAAACGCCGGAAAUUGGAGAUCAUUCAUAAUGUGGACGCGGUCGACUAUUUUGGAAGAACUCUCAAUAAUCAAAGCGCAAUUGGCGUGAAUCAAUCGUUCGAGGCAGAUCGAUCGCGGGGCCGGAAGGACAACGGACGGCGUAUUUACGGGCGGUUACGCAAAAGCGACGAUCAUUUAAUGAACUCAUUGAAAGCGGAACGAGAAGCCUCAAGUGAUAACAGCUGCAGGAGGAGCAGCAACAAGCCCAACUCCAAAUCCGAUUCGAAUAUCAACAAUCUUGGCUUUUGCCGGGGAAGCGUAUCGACACUCGAUCACGGCGAGGUUGGGAGAGUUGUAGAAUGCGAUAGUGCGACAACUCCGGCCGCGGAGGCAACUGCUUCGAAUGCACCCACCGCCACCCCCGACCUACUGCCUAGCCCGUUUCGAUCGCGACCACGAGCGUCGUCGUUUUUUAUGAUUCAAGAUAACGUCGUCGACUGGCUGACAUCAUUACGUCGCCAGACACACGACUACAGUCCCCAACCCGCGUCGGACGACUCCAUUUCCAACAUAAAAAGUAUUCCAUCGUUAAAUUUCAACUGUUGCGGAUUCCUGUGCACGAGUACCGCCAACCUGGCCGACGCUACUUCCGCGUUCCGUGCUGCUUCCGUGUACCGAUCGCGCUUGCCCUCCGCAGUAGAACUUACAAUCGAAAAGGCCAAUGUGGCCCGCGGCGAAGGUGCCCAAGACGACGAUGAUUCACUGAAAUCUCUACUGCUCACUGCGCCCAGCAACCUUCGUGUCGAGUUAAUGAUCGACAAUUUCAAACGGCAUCUAAUGGAAAAGCGGAUCCGAUCGAAACGUCGCGCGAUUUAUGUGAAAGUGGACGAUAGUGACGAUAUCGCGGACGGUAGUGCCGUCGUUGCAGCCGCCGCGGCCUCCGCCGGGCUCGCCAGCAAUGGUGAGCGCCAAUCGAAGCGGAACGCCUUCCAUGAAAGAGACUCGCAGUUCGUUAACGACAUUCUAAUUGCAUUCGAUACGUUCCUGAGCCGCGAAAGUGAAAGCAGUGCGGGCGCUGGCAGUACCGCUCAAGCUGUACCGGACGACUGCACCCAAAAGAAAGCAACAAGCGCGCGUGACUCUUUAUCGCCGGAAGCCCACAGUGAUGGCAGUGAUCUCCGAGUGACCCAACAACCGCAAGUUGAUAAAACUUCUGGGAACAACCGCAGUCCCGGGCAAGAUGAACAACGAAUAGGUCCCGUUGUAGCGAGUUUAGUCAUAGCGAGGAAAAACCUUCUGGCGCCCACACGCAGCCAAUGCAAAAGAGAAAUUCUCCAGUCGCUUUUCAACCGCACGGACGUGUUCAUUAGACCCUCGAUCUUGCGAAAUCUCCUCACCGCGAUUGAAGUGUCGAAGAGUCUCAAGCGGCAACUUCUUUCCCUCGAGCCCAGUCUGCGCACCUUCCUGCACGCGGUCAGCAGUUCCCCGAUCUACGUGAAAUUCGAUCAGAAGACGCUUAUCGAAAUGUACGCUUCUGCCGCGAUAGUGAUAACGCCAACGUCCCCAACAAACAAAAAACCGCGUCCGAUCGGUCAUAAAAGUGCCAUAACAUCCGGUGAUAAAAGUGGAGACACCAGUGACAAUGGGAGCGAUAAGAGCUCGGCGCCCGCCCCCUCUGCCCCCGAAGACGAUAUCUACCAGCCCAUUUGGAAAUUCCGAACUAUCGGGAAUCCCCGCGAGAGUUACCUUUCCAUUGAACCCACAGACGACCUUACGGGAGCGUGCAGCUGCGCGACCUCGGUCCCAGGCCCCAAUGAUUCAUCCUCGCUUAGUGUAGAAGAUCUGAGUGACUGGGAGACUGAUGACGAAUUUAUCUUCGCGUCUGAACACAGCAGCCCGCUGAACAGGUUUUUACCGCGGGCGUCACCGCGGCCAGUCAAGAAAUACCUCAAGAACAACAAAAGCCCCUCGGACCGCGCCUCGCCAGCCUCCUCGCCCAGACUGGGCGAAAGAAUCAGGGCACUGAAGACGUCGCUGCUCAAGCCGCACAGCAGUUCCCAGUCACUGGCAUCUUUCUCCUCCAACUUUAGUGCUGAUAGUGCAAUCUCCACCUCGACAAACAAUAGCUGUGUCUCCUACAACCCCAAGAGUGGCUACGCAGUGAAAAGAAAGUACCAAAGAGUUUGUAUUCUGUAUAAUCACGAAGACCCGCGGUUGCGUGCAAUCAUCUACAAAUAUGACGACGCCCGACGGGGGAACUUGACUAGUCAAUUGAACCAUAGGAAUAGUAGCAGCAAUGACUACCAGAAGAAGAGGGAAUCGACCCCGGCUUCCGUACGAGCCCCUGAAGUCUUCAAGGCGCCGGACAAGGAGGGCUGUAAGAGAACCAAAGUAAAAAGCACUAGGCCGCCGACCAAUGACUUCAUGCCGUUAUGUGUGCAGGCUUGGAAAUUCACUUUAUUGGAUGUUAAUAACUUGGAUGAUGAAGAAGACAUGUACAUCAGCAGAGAUGAGAUACUCAGUACGUUUCGUGAUAGCGAGUCUCCACCCACGACACUUAAAAAAUGUGCCUCAGAAGGAAAUUUAUUACAGAUACCUCCCGAUAAAAAGAAGACAUUCGGCGAGAGAUUCAUAAAUAAAUUUCAAGCUGUAGGAUUUUUCCCUAUAUCUCCCCGUCAAAUGAAGGACAAGAAAAAACUGGAUUAUUUUAAGCGUCGUGGAUCCAUCGGACUCUACUUUCCAAAUACCCCGAACAAAGCGCCAGUUUUCGGAGGAACACUAGAACAAGUGCAAUUAUCAGGGAUUAGUAAUGUCCCGGAAUUCGUAGUUGAUUGCAUCAAUAUAAUUGAACGACCUGAAUUCAUUUGUACAGACGGUCUCUAUCGUGCUUCAGGAAAUAAGGUUGAGAUGGAUAUAGUGAAGAAAAGCCUGACUGAAAGAUACGAUGCUAAAAUCCUCGAGAAUCAGGACAUUCACACGAUAACAGGUCUGCUUAAAUUAUUCUUUCGUGAAUUGAAAACGGCACUUAUCUCCGACGAUGUCUACAAUAAAUUACCGGACAAUUUAGCUGAUAAAGAGAAUUUAUCGAGCAUAAAAAAUGUUUUAUAUCUGAUGCCAUGCGUAUCGAGGGACACCCUUAAGUAUCUUAUAAAGCAUUUAACAAAGGUUGCGAGUGAAAGUCAUACCAACCGGAUGCCAGCUUCGAAUUUGGCCAUCAUUUGGGGCCCGUGUAUUCUAUAUUCGUCAUUUACAAACCCGAUGAGCAUUGCUCGAAUCAAUACAUUAACCAAAGUUCUGAUAGAGCAUUAUGACACUUUAUUCAAUGAGGAAGACGAACGACUAAUAAUGUAGACAUAGAAUAGUGUAGAAUAAUAGAGCAUAUGAAAAUAUCAAUAUUUUCCACUGUUAUACUGUAUCAUUUUCAUUUUUAUUUGUGAAACUUAAUACCAAAAAAUGUGAACACAUAUGUAUGUUUAACAUGUGAUAUUUCAGUAGCCUAAGAGUUAUUAAUAAAUUAUUUUAUACUGAAC